AUGGCCGCCAAAACAGAAGCAGCCAUCUACACCCACGGCCACCAUGCCUCAGUCUUACGCUCCCACAGCACACGGACAGCCCUCAACUCUGCUAGCUUCCUGCUCCCAUACCUGAAGCCAGACAUGAAGAUUCUAGACAUCGGCUGCGGCCCUGGCACAAUCACAAUUGACCUAGCAGGAUAUGUCCCAGAGGGCCACGUGACAGGUCUCGAGCGCGUAGGCGACGUCCUCCCAGGCGCACAAGCCCUCGCCGACGCACGAGGCGUCAAGAACAUAUCCUUCGUCGUCGGGGACGGUAACGGCCUGGACUACCCAGACGACAGUUUCGAUGUCGUAUUCUGUCACCAGGUUCUGCAACAUGUUGCGGAUCCGGUGGGUAUGCUGAAGGAGAUGAAGCGCGUUGCCAAGAAAGGUGGAAUUGUCGCGGCGCGGGAUGCGGAUUAUUCUGUUUUCAUGUGGUAUCCUGAGCUUAACGGGCUCAGGGAUUGGCAGACUUUGUAUGACAAGGUUGCGAGGCGGAAUGGGGCUGAGCCUAAUGCGGGGCGAUUCCUUCAUUCUUGGGCUAGACAGGCUGGGUUUGAGGAUAAGAAGUAUAGUGUUUCUUCUUGGUGUUAUGCGCAGAAGGAUGAAGUGAAGUGGUGGAGUGAGACAUGGCAGGAAAGGUCUUUGAAGUCUUCUUUUGCGACAACGGCGAUUGAGGGAGGCUUAGCAACUAUUGAGGAUCUGGAGAAGAUUUCGCAGAGUUGGAAGACUUGGGGGGAGGAUAUCGAUGCUUUCAUUUCUAUUCCGAGUGUGGAGAUAAUUUGCUUUAAGCACUAG